UAAAACCUGACUUUCAGCUUCCCUUGACUGUCGAGCCGAGACAACUACACACGAUGCUCCUCAACGAAAUACUACCGCUUCUCGUACGGUACUGGCCCAUUGUGCUCGUCUCCCUCGUCGCAGGCCACCUUGUCAGCAACAAGUAUUGGAAAGGACUGAAUAAAUACCCUGGCCCAACAUUAGCAGGAUACAGCAACUGGUGGAGACUAAGAGACGUGUCGAAGAAGAACCAUCACUGGACGACACUCGCCUUACAUCGCGAACAUGGCGAUGUUGUGAGGCUGGGACCGAAUGUUCUCUCCUUCGCAAAUCCAAGAGCAAUCAAAGCUAUCUAUGGGCUGAACAAGGGUGUGUACAAGUCGGACUUCUACCCAGUCCAGGGUGCUGUAGCGAACGGCAAGCCUCUGCUCUCCUUGUUCUCAACCACCGAUGAAGACUUCCACGCCAAGUACCGUCGUUGUGUGAACAACGCUUUCGCUAUGAGCUCACUGGUCAACUACGAGCCGCUGGUCAACUCCACGCUCACCUACUGGCUCGACAAGACGGAAGCAAUGUUCGCCAACACUGGUAGGAGCUGCAACUUCAGUCAAUGGCUGCAGUUCUUCGCUUUCGAUGUUAUUGGAGACUUGACCUGGAGCAAACGCCUCGGCUUUGUGGAGGGCAACAAGGACGUCGACAACAUCAUCGAGUUCUUGGGCAAGUUCUUCGAUUACGUCGCGCCCGUCGGUCAAAUGCCCAGCCUCGACCGCAUCCUCUGGAAGAACCCCAUCAGUCUAUUCGCCCAACGCAUCGGUCUUGACAAGCGCGUGCACCCCGUGACUCUCUUCGCCCUCUCUCGCUCCAACGAGCGCGCGCAACAAGUCUCCAAAAUCAAGAAAUUCGGCCUCUCAGACGACGAGCGCGCCAACCCCCGCGGCAUCGACCUGCUCUCUAAAUUUGCUCAAGCUUCCCACGACCACCCGUUCAUGGACGACAGCCGCAUCCUCUCAACAUGCACAUCAAUGGUCUUCGCCGGCUCGGAAACGACCGCCAUCUCGCUGUCCGCCGUCUUCUAUUUCCUCGUCAAGCACCCGCAAGUAUACGCUAAACUGAUGUGUGAACUCGAUGACGCCGCAGCGUCCGGUAUCAUCGAGGAGCGCGCCGAUAAAACCGUGUCCUGGCCCGAAGCCCAAAAACUGCCCUACCUCGACGCCGUCAUCCAAGAAUCCUUCCGCCUCCACCCCGCCCCUGGCCUUAUCCUCGAACGCGUCGUUCCAAAGCAGGGCAUGCAGAUCCUCGACACAUUUGUCCCCGGUGGGACCAUCGUUGGCUGCAAUGCCUGGGUGAUCCACCGGCGCCCUGAGGUUUUUGGAUCCGACGUCGAUACGUUCAGGCCUGAGCGGUGGCUCGAUGCGAGCCCGGAGAAGCUGAAGGAGAUGAAGGGGAGUAUGCUGCAAUUUGGUGCGGGAGCCAGGACCUGUAUCGGGAAGAACAUCAGUCUACUCGAGAUCUACAAACUAGUUCCUAGCUUUUUGAGGAGGUUCGAGGUUGAGCUUGAGUACCCGGGUGCCGAGUGGAAGACGCAUAAUGCGUGGUUUGUUACGCAGAAGAAUUUCAAUACGCGGUUUAGGCCCCGGGUCGCGAAGGCGGAGUACUAGAGUCGAGGUCGUUUCCGUUUACAUAGUCAUUGAAGC